GAAGAGCAUUGGCCAAUCCUUGGUGACUCCAUUGGCGCUUGUGGAGACGUAAAGUGCUGACCCAUCACACUAGCAGCAAUGAUGCUCAGCGUCAUGAAGAUCGCCCUGCUGGCGCUCGUCAUGCUCGUAUUUCUGGCAGUGACCAGCGAAGCUCGGACCCUACUCGACUAUGACAGCUGCUACAAUGGCUGGAACGGCUGGAGAAACAACGGAUGCCGCGGCGACUACUGGUGCAACAACUACCGCUGGGGCUGUGAUGGGCGCUACUGGGACGGCAACCGCUGGUGGAACAAUGGCGACCGCGGCGGCUUCUGUGUCGGCAUCUGCUUUGGCAAAUAAGCAGCCUCUUGUGCGCGCAUCACUUUCUGCGAGCUAGCUAUGCGCAUGCACCUCAGCCUCUGAGGCGCUGCAGCCGCGAUCGGGCGCCCUCCAUCACGUAAAUAAACGCUCACUACCAACUCAGAAGGCAUGAAGGCAAAGACGGACACCUCUGGCAGAAUAAAUGUCCAAGAAUGGUGACCUCCUUGUUGCGAGCUUACAGCGGUUCCCUGCCUGUAAUGGUUUUCUCUUCUAUGGCAGGAUUGACCCUGUUCAAAGGGCACUUCAGAAGCUUCCUUUCAAUCAAGUACGACUCGAUGUCCUGCCCACGACCAUUAAAGUCAACUCCUCGUGAGGUGGUCACAUACUGUGUUGUUCACCACAGCAAGUCUGCUCUAUCGGGGUGGUAAUGCAGACAUGAUAGUUUGACUGGAAAGUGGAGGAGCAAAGCUGUGAUGCAAUGUGCCAUGCAGCAUCGCUCAUGUGUUGCUCAUGAGCACUUUGGACGAGGCGGGAAUUUUCAAGUUCAACUGGAAAUCUUCUUUCAAUGAAGUCAUUCCUGUGCCGCACAAGCGGCUUUGCUAAAUGCAGACAGUUAUGCUCAGCUGAUAUGUUUAGGCCUGCAAUGCCAGUGAUAUCGUUCAGAAGGCAGCCGCCACAUUGAUUCUGCCAGCAAUUAAUAUUCAUUCAGAGAAGAACAUUGCAGAGCAAUGCUUGCUUGUAAAUUAUACCGCAAGGCGCCUCUUGUCCCAGGAUACAAUCACGGCAACCAUUGCAUGCAUGUCAGUUACACCAGGCCUGAAAAUGCCACAGCAGAUGCCAAGGACAGCGUCUGCAAUCUUUAUCAGAGAAUUUAGCUUGUGCUUCCACUGCGCGCCAGAGGCACUCCUGCCAGGAGCAUUUGUUGUUCUACGCAUGGCGGGGCAUUCUCAACUAUGCUAUAUCUGGCUUGGCCAAUUUCAAGGUGGAGUCUUCUGGCAUUGGAAGCACGGGGGCUACCGAGGGAACUGCGAGGUUUAGUCCUGCACGUUUGCACCUGCCGGGCAGGAUAGAAUCUGCGUAUGACCAGCCGCACAUUGCCGCACACCUGCUCUACAACGUACGUCAAUCCCUACAGGGGACAACUCAAACAUCCCUGAUUAAGUAUUCCCGCUGAAUAUUUUGGUUUUAAUAAAGGUGGUAUAAUAUAGUAUUCUGGGAGUAGUAUUCUGCACGUCAUUCCCGCACGUGCAACCCAUCUACAACCCAAAAUACUAAAUUACCUCCCACCUACUUAGUAGAUCUCGAUUUCCGCCCACUCUUGUGGUCACUCCUAGUCACAACUACGACCAAUAUAAUCACCGUUAAAUGCACGCUACUACCAGUAGUAGUUUACAUGUGUGCAACUACUACAAUGUAUGCUACCUAUAUGCUCUACCUACUGACCGCUAGCUGUUUGCACACAGGUAGCACACAUGGUGUCACAUGGUCUGUAGCGGUCUCAACUCUGAUGGUGACAUCCAGCCGCCUCUUGCAAACCUCAGCCAGCCCAAGAGCAACUAAUAAAGCAACAGUAUUACAACGACCGAUGGGGUCUUGCUUGGAUCUGGCGAGUCCAGCAAGGGGCAGCAUUGUGGCAGCCUUGGACUGCAGCUUGCCUGCAGGACGUACCUUGCCUUUU